UCUGGUGAAGACUCUCACAAACUACACAUCCAACAAUUUCCAUAGCACAGUCAUGAUCUCCGCUCAGUGAACCACCCCUUCAUUUCUCAGCAUUUUUUCUCCCAAAUUUCUCCCCAAAAUCAUGGGCUCCAAAGUUCUUCCUCAGGCACUGAUAACGAUCCCGAGAAACCCAAACCAAUGCCCGAUCAAGAGGCUAGGGUUUUACUCCGUUAUUUCUCGUCGCUCUUCUCCGAUGAAGUCCGCCGGGGUCUCGACGAGCUUCGGUGGCUCCAAUUUCGGCCCCUUGUUUGCGAAGCGGGAUUUUGCGGUGCGAGCGGAGUCGAACGCCGAAGGCGAAGCGGUGGAAGCCGAGGAGAAUGCCGAAGAGAAUGUUGGAGAAGGUUCGGAAGUGGUUGCGGGGACGGAAGGUGAAGGAGAAGCGGUUUCGGAGUCCGAGGAAGCGAAGCCGCCGAGAAAGCCUAGGGUUAAGCUUGGAGAUAUAAUGGGGAUUUUAAAUAAGAGGGCAGUUGAAGCAUCAGAGAACGAAAGGCCAAUUCCAGACAUUAGAACCGGAGACAUUGUGGAAAUCAAAUUGGAAGUUCCCGAAAAUAGGCGUAGGUUGUCUGUCUAUAAAGGUAUCGUCAUCUCAAGGCAAAAUGCCGGCAUUCACACAACAAUUCGUAUUAGGAGAAUUAUUGCUGGCAUAGGAGUCGAGAUUGUAUUCCCGCUGUACUCACCAAAUAUUAAAGAGAUAAAAGUAGUUAAUCACAGGAAAGUCAGGAGAGCGAGAUUGUAUUAUCUGAGGGACAAACUUCCCAGGCUAUCCACUUUCAAGUGAAAAUGCUGAUGCAGCUGCUCUCUGGUGUUUUUACUUUCAAACUUGUUCCCUGAAUCUUGGGAUAUUUUGAGAACAUGUCUUUUUUUUUUUUUGUCCAUUUUUGGUAAAUGUAUCAUUUCUCUCU